UGGUGUUUACAGCGUGAAUUGAAUGAACUUGCUUGCAGACAUUGCAAUGAUGGUAUAUGGGUAGUUACAUUUCAAUCCAUCUACUAAAUUUCAUUUAAUUACUCUGAUGAUGGUAGUAUAUAAUGUGCACCUCCGUAGCAUGCUACCACCAUCCACUUUCCUUCAAGGCUUUUCGAAAACCUGUAAAUAUGACUCCACCGAACCAAGCUUCCUACCUCUACCAUGGUGUUUGGUCCGCGGCUACCGACUCCAUCGUGCUAGACACGAUGCUCACCAUGAAGAAGGAAACUCGGUGGACGGGUAAUAAUUUCCCGUCUUGGUUCCUCAUGACCGCCGCGCAAGAGCUCCAGACUAGAAUGGGUAUUGUUGUCACCGAGGAAGAGUUGGCCAAAAGAAUGGUCAUAAUGCAUAGGCGGUAUCGUGUUUUCAAAGCUGUGGUUCGCACGUUCGGAGCACAAUGGGAUCAAGACAACAAAAUUAUCACCGCUAGCGACGAGCUUUGGGAGAAAAUCAUGAAGUAUGAUUGGUUUGUCGGUGCGUACUAUCACCACGACGAGCCGGAGUGGACGAAGCUAGCAUGCUUAUUUGGUUUAGGAGAUGUGAAGGUUGAGCAUGAGGUGGAAGGGCAACGCCAGAAUGAGGUGGUCAUAAUUUCUGAUGACACGGUCAAGGUUCCAACUGGUGAGCCGUACAUCAAUGACACUAAUGAGGUGAAUGAGGAGGUGAACUCGCCGGCCAUACCCCAUCCUCUACCGGUGCGCCGCAAACUAUUUGAUGAUCCUCCACCAACCGAUAAUGAGUCCACCACCGACAAAAGAAUAUGCUUCAUAGAUCUUGCUCUGGAUGGAUCACUUCGCACACGCUUUGAAAAGACUCGGUCCCUACCUCAGUCUCAUGCUAUGAAGGCAGCUUGCCCCGGUGGUGGGCUAGGUGAAGCUGGGCCCUCAAGCAAGUCAACUCGAGCUAGCUCGUGCGCAUCGAACUCACCCCGAUCUUGGUAUCCUCACAACAUAAGGCGUCCAUGAUGAUGUUCACUUGGAUAGGGCAUCACGUCCAAUAAAUUCACGUAUACUAUAAUGUGGAUGAGGACUCUUUUCACCUGUUUUUGAAGGCCCUAGAAAGGUAAAUCUAGGAACUAUGGUCAUGGUUUUACUCCUGUUGUUGUUUUUAGUCGGUUGGAUCAAUCUAGUCAUGGUGUGAAUUUUCAAACUUGUAUUAUAGAAUGCCAUGAAUGAAUAUUUGAAUGUUUGUUGGUA